AUGCACUUCUAUGCCUACUCAUCGUCGCCGAGCUCUUCAUCGAGCGACGAUGACUGCCUGUCUACUGAUGCUUCACCGACAAAGUUGCUAGCCAUCGCGAUCCAGAAGCGGCGUGCACUAUUCGGCAGGAAGGAACGUGACUACCGACUCGAACUGCUGCAGACAGGCUUCAUUCAGACUUUGUGUAAGCAUUUGGGUGAGCGUAGAGCUCGUCGCCGCAAACGCGGUGGUAAGCGAACUAAUCCUUAUGAUGGUGAGCCCCCCAGCAAGCGGUGCUGCCAGAACGAGGACGAGGAUCCCUUCGGCCUCGAUGACUUCUUUGUUCGUGUCUAUGGCCGUUCGGUGGUCUAUAGAGAUCAGAAAUGUGUACCCCAGCGAUUGAGCGACCCUAUGACUCAACGGCGGUCCUGCUCAGGAUGA